GUACAUGUAUGUGUGUAUACACACGGUAGACUCCAGUGAGAGUGCAGGCCUUCUACACUGCAGCAUAUCUGCAUGUUCACCGUGGCAUGUUACUUAGCUGCAAAACUCAUCUUGAAUUCAAACUGAUUUGAUGGAUAAUUUGUGUCAACCAUGACCAUUUUGAUGACGAGAUGUAUCAAUAUAUGUUGUCGCAUGUGAACGACUUACUGUUGUGUGGUCAACCGUAUUGAUGUCCGAGUCCAAGGUGUGGACACUUCAUUUAUACUUGUGGAAGAUUGUGCGAGUAGUCCGUGGUCUCUGGAUUCACACUUUUCUAGAUUUUGAAAUGCAAAAGAACCCUACUUUGACGAAGAACUAAAACAUGUUAUCCUUGAAAUAUUUUCAAACGGUCAUUCAUAUAUCCAUAUCAAUUAAUCUUAUAACUGGGUCAUUAGAAUAAAACACUAUGUCGCCAAGAAACUUGGUCGCCCCCCUAAUUAUCAUGCUAGCGCUCUGUGACGUCGAUGUGUUAGAUGCUGCAUCACCGUCUGACGAUGACGAUCCUGGAUUCGAAGACUUCUUUAAGACGAACGACAAGUCAUACGAAAAUGUUCCAAUAAAAUUUCACCAUCCUUUACCUAAGUGGCUUCGUGGAACAUUGGUAAGGAACGGUCCCGGACAAAUGGAAAUGGGUAGGAGGAAAUAUGUGAGCUACUUGGACGGGUAUGCAAAACUUCACAGUUGGACGUUUCCUGGAGAUGGAUCGGCAUUUUUUUCUGCCAAAAUGAUAAAAUCAAAAUCCUAUUUAUCGUCUUUCGAGAUGAAAGACAUGUCACCUUAUAUUACAUUCGCGGGCGCUACUCCCCCAUUCGACGUUAUGGAAAAGAUGAUGUGCCUGAUGCGUGAUCUGGAUGACAUGAAUGUCAAUGUCUUUAAUUACCUCAAUAGAACGGUGGCUAUCAAUGACGUUUGGUUUGCCUAUGAAUUCGACCUUCAUACGCUGAAUACACUUAGACCCUUAAUUCCACCGAUUCCUCCAUCAAGAUUUUCACAUUUUGGCACAAUAGGCAAAAUGUCCUCAGCACAUCCAGUUCAAGAGUAUGGGACAUCGUCAAGGUUUGAAGUACUCGCAACAAUGAGUAUAAUUCCCGGAAUCAAAGAUCGGUUGAGCGUGAUCCGUAUCUCGUCCCUCGAUACCACGGAAAUGGUGGCCGAGUGGGAGACUGAAGAAACUCGCUACAUGCAUUCAUUCUCUGUCACUCCUAACUACGUGAUACUGUUCGCGGCUCCGUACAGAAUUAGUAUCACGAAAUUGAUAGAGGCCUGCUCAGUAAAAGAAGGAAUGGUUUGGGACGGGAACGCCAACACCACCAUAUAUGUUGUGGAAAUCAAAACAGGAAGAGUGCACACACUGCAGACUGAGACCGUCUUCACCGUUCACCAUAUCAAUGCUUUUGAACUGUCAGAUGGCAGAAUUGUGAUGGAUCUUCCAACGCAAAAAAGUCCGAUUGGCUUUCGUUAUUUCGACAUGUCGUAUCUUUUCAAUAAAACAGCUAGGAUGGAUCUUGUUUCGAAGCCCAUUCUCAAACGAUAUACCAUUGAUCUUCACACAAAAACUGUGUCUAAAACUGUCCUCAAGAGUGGACCAAAUGCUCCGUGUGCCGGCGAACUUGAAAUGCCUGUUAUAAAUGAAAAUUAUCGCCAUUUGAAUUACUGUUACAUCUAUGGACAGGUUAUCAACUAUAACGGGAAGGGAUUCAGUCACCUCGCCCUCGUUAAAAAAGAUGUUUGCAACAACGCCGGAGACCUUAUGUACGCCGCACCCCACCAGUACUUUACAGAGCCAUGGUUCGUCCCUAUGCCUGGGGGCCAGGAUGAAGACGAUGGCGUACUCAUGACAUCAGCUUUUGACGGGGAUGAAAAACAGAGCUAUCUUGCCAUAAUUGACCCAAAGACAAUGACACUGACACAUCGUGCUAAUAUGCCUACGACUGUCCCCUAUAAUUUUCACGGCCGCUUUUUUGACCUCCCUUGACAAGUUUAACUACCCUGAAUCAACUUCGUACGUAAUCAUGACUUAUGAGAGCAGUUGAUCCUGGAUGCAUUUAAGCGUUUGUGUGAUGACAAAUUGAACUAAUUUAACAAAAUAUUGUGUCAGAUUUGAAUGAUUCAUAGACACUUGUUAACCAUUCAUUCCUUGAUUUGAUGUUUAAAUAUGUGUUAUAUCUACGACACCUGUCCAAGUGGAAGAAGAGUGAGGUAGCAGUAGGUUGCAUGACGAUCAGCCCGGUGAUACAGAUUUUUUUAUGAUAAUAUUCAGCUUUUAUAGAAUGUACUAUUACUGUAAAAUUACUCUUAUGCACAUUAUACCACAGGUGUCCGGGUUCUGAUAAUACCCUUUACUAUCAAAUCAUCUAUGGUCGGUAAAUGAACAAGGCCAGUGGAUAGUAUCAUAUAAGCUACACAUUCUAUGUCAACCUUAUAUACAAUUAUAGUGAAAUACCACAACGUGUUUCAAAGCGAUGAUAAAUCAAUGCUUAUAUUAUUAUUCUUUGCAAUCAUGAAUAUCUAAGGACAAUGCUCGAUAAUAAUCAUAUUGAUAUAUUAGUAUCUUUGAAGUAUUGAUAUAUCAUUAAGGGACAGAAAACUGCUUCUGAUAGCGGAAACACUGGAAGUUUUGUUUAGUAAAACUGUUAAAUGGCUUGAUUUUAUGAAUAUGUGUAUGAUCUUUCGAUAUGGAAUAUUUGCAUGAUGUGUUAUUAAUUUUUUUAGUCUUACAACGGUAUGUUUGUGGUUUGUAUGAUGUGUUUUUUAUUUUAUUUUAGUCUUACAAUUGUAUGUUAGUGGUUUGUAGAAGUUUUUAUUUUACAGUUUAAUAAGAAAUCAUUGUACAUUUGUUUUAGUUCGUAAUAAAUGAGCACACGCUUUUAUUGUUUUACAAUUAAGCAAUACACUUUUGUUCUUAUUCAAAUCGCUCUACGUCUGUCCGUGAACAAUCGUUUUUAUCGCUAUUUCUUGAAAAGUGCAGUAGGAAUAGUUUUCAAACUUCUCAUGUAGGUUUCCCUUUGUCUCUAGUUGUGGUCAUUCAAGUUUGAGUCUGACCGGGACAACCGGUAUUAUUUUUUAAUCACACGAUUCAAUGUGUUUUGAUUGGCUAACACUUGAAGGCCGCUUCGCGAGGUCCCGGAAAUGAUAACGCACAAGUAGUUCAUAGUCAUCUUUGUCAUAUUUAAAAAAAAAAAAAAAAGAUUUGUAUAGAUUUCUAUCAAUUUAUUAAUUUGAAAAAAAAAUUGCUUAUUAUUUGUUUUGAGUUGUAAUAAAUUGUAAUAUUUCCAUAGAUUUACGAAAUUGUCAGUUUUGCAUAUUAAUUAACGGCAUUUCGUUUUAGGUAUUUAGGUAAUAUCCUUUCACCCGACCUGAUCGUGAACACACGUUGACACAAAACAGGUCAAUUCAUCCUCAGAAUAGCUUUCCUAUUUUUGUAGAAACAGGUCAAACAAACUAGCUAAAGCUUUUGUUUUUGUAAAUUUUGAUAAAUAACUAACUCGAGUGAAAUCAAAUCAUCUAUGGUCGGUAAAUGAACAAGGCCAGUGGAUAGUAUCAUAUAAGCUACACAUUCUAUGUCAACCUUAUAUACAAUUAUAGUGAAAUACCACAACGUGUUUCAAGGCGAUGAUAAAUCAAUGCUUAUAUUAUUACUCAUUGAAAUCAUGAAUAUCUAAGGACAAUGCUCGAUAAUAAUCAUAUUGAUAUAUUAGUAUCUUUGAAGUAUUGAUAUAUCAUUAAGGGGCAGAAAACUGCUUCUGAUAGCGGAAAGACUGGAAGUUUUGUUUAGUAAAACUGUUAAAUGGCUUGAUUUUAUGAAUAUGUGUAUGAUCUUUUGAUAUGGAAUAUUUGCAUGAUGUGUUAUUAUUUUUUUUUAGUCUUACAACGGUAUGUUUGUGGUUUGUAUGAUGUGUUUUUUUUAUUUUAUUUUAGUCUUACAAUUGUAUGUUUGUGGUUUGUAGAAGUUUUUAUUUUACAGUUUAAUAAGAAAUCAUUGUACCUUUGUUUUAGUUCGUAAUAAAUAAGCACACGCUUUUAUUGUUUUAAAAUUAAGCAAUACACUUUUGUUCUAAUUCAAAUCACUCUACGUCUGUCCGUGAACAAUCGUUUUUAUCGCUAUUUCUUGAAAAGUGCAGUAGGAAUAGUUUUCAAACUUCUCAUGUAGGUUUCCCUUUGUCUCUAGUUGUGGUCAUUCAAGUUUGAGUCUGCCCGGGACAACCGGUAUUAUUUUUUUAAUCACACGGUUCAAUGUGUUUUGAUUGGCUAAAACUUGAAGGCCGCUUCGCGAGGUCCCGGAAAUGAUAACGCACAAGAAGUAGUUCAUAGUCAUCUUUGUCAUAUUUA